AUGAUAGCAGAUCAGAGUUUAACGAGUACACAUAAAUCAGGAUACCUUUUCGAAAGAAGACAUGGACGAGUGUAUCAAUCAUGGGUUAGGAAAUACUUUACCAUUUUGAAUGGAGAACUAAUAAGCACGACGAGAAAUCCCAAACCCUCUUCUAAGGAGGAGGAUGGAGUAGCUUCGAUAAAUUUACGUGUGUGCAGUGUUAGAAUAUCAGAUCAUCACGAUAGACGUUUUUGUUUUGAAGUGAUCUCGCCAAACAGGGUUUUGGUUUUACAGGCUGAAAAUGAGCAACAAAUGGAGGAGUGGAUUUCCAGCAUACGUACAGCUAGUCAUGCCGCACUGAAUAGCUCUUCUAAUGACGAAAACAAAAGAUUUUCACAGCAAUCACUGUACAAUCGUAGAGUAAACUCGGAAUGGAUGCCACCCGAUAUAGAGCUCACUGGACCAGAUGAUAUGGAAAGUAGCAGUGAUCGACUGAAGAAAAUCCGAGCCGUUAUGGGCAAUGAUUUAUGUGCAGAAUGUCAUGCAAAAGAUCCAGAGUGGGCCUGUACAAAUUUUGGUAUUGUUGUAUGUAUAGAAUGCUCGGGGAUCCAUCGUAGCUUGGGUGUACAAGUAAGCAAAGUGAGAUCAGUGAUGCUGGAUAAAUGGGAGCCCAAUGCACUGGAAGUAAUGCUACGACUAGGCAACACAGUCGUCAAUCAUAUUUACGAAGCAGCAGUACCAAAACAUAUGGAGACUUUCCGACUUCAACCUGACUCCCAAAGAAGGGAUCGAGAUGUUUGGAUAGUAGAAAAAUAUGUCAAAAAGACUUUUGUGGCCCCAUGCAGUUUGUCACAAGAAUCACUCAAUAAGGAAUUUUGGAAUGCAGUGGUGGAGGGAAAACUAGACAUCGCGUUGAAAAGGCUGGCCCAAGGUGCAGAUGUGAACUAUAGAAAUCCUGAUGAUCAACUGAGGACCGCUUUACAUAAGGGCGUCAAUAUGAACGAACAGAUCAUUGUAGAAUUCUUAUUGCAACGACUGUGUAAUGCAGAUCAACAGGAUGCACACGGUCAAACAGCAUUGCAUUAUGCAGCAGCAAAAAAUAAUGUUCGUCUCGUCCUGACGUUAUUGAAGCGCCAUGCAAAAGCCGAUAUUCAGGAUCAUUCAGACAAGACGGCUUUAGACAUUGCUUUAGAGAAACAGAAUGUGCAGUCUGUAACGGCUCUGAGACUGUUUGCUUUUGAUAAACAACAUAACGCCUCUCCUUCGAGUUCUUUUGAUUUUGGCUUCCGUGAAGCCAUGUCGUCCUUCAGUAAUGUCUCUAUGGAUCGUCCCAACAACAACAACUUGGGUCAGUCCCAUUCUGCUGUUGAUUUAAGGAAAACAGAAACUGCAGAGACAAAGCUGAAUGGUGUGCUUCUUGAUGAUCAAAAUAGCUCUCUAUUGUCUGUAGAUAAAUAA